AUGAACUCUCAAUCGUCUUCCGCCGUCGUCAAAACUGAGCCAAUCGAUGAGAAACCCGCUUAUUGGGACCUCUCUCAGGCUCCACCGCAAUUUCCAUGUUUAUCUGGACCUGGACAACUCAACUAUCAACAUUAUGGUUUCGUCCAUCAGCAUCAGCAGCAGGCUCCCGUCUUUUAUGGUAAGAAAGUGAGCUCCACCGGACUUUUUGCGGGAAAUUCGAAAUGUUCGCUGGUUUUGGCUAAAAGCCCAUGAAUUUCAUUAACAAUGUUUCCAGACCCAUCGUUCCAAGCGUACCAAGUUCAAUACCAGCCAAUUGUGACACGUUUCACCGUCCAAAAACAGUUCAAUUCGCGUUUGGUUCAAUUGAUGACAAAAAGUGCGGACAUUUACUAUCAAGAGCCCGUUCCGAACUAUAAUUGUAAGUGAUUAUCAUCGAAUUACCCGAAAACGCUCGAAUUUUCAGAUGCUCCGCCUCUUCCGAUCACUUCUUCAGUAGAAAUCUCGGAGAAACGAAGUAAAGGAGGCGUGAAGAAGACUCCGAUGCACCUGAACACGGUGUGCUCGACGUGCGGCACUCGCGAGACCAAGUUGUGGCGGCGAGAUCGGGAGGGACGGUCCGAGUGCAAUCCGUGCAACAUGUACUUCCGCGUCAACGGAAUCGUGCGUCCCGCGCACUUGUGGAACAAGCCGACCAUGAAGAGACAGCGCCGGCCGUGCGCUCCGAUCAAUGUCUAA